AUGAAGGUACCUUGGCCGAACGCAUUCGCAGACGAUGUAGAGAAGUGGAUUCGCGAUUUUGAAUUAAUCGGACCAUGCAACGGCAUCAAAGAGAGUGCGCAUCUGGGCACAGCUUUGUGUGCACUGCUUUCCGGACGAGCGAGGGCUGCCUACGAUUUGAAUUCGGAAAGCAACCAAGCCCUCGAUUAUGAGAAUUUGAAAGCCGCGUUGGUGGCAAAGUUUUCAAAGGAUGGUGACCGCAAGAAGGCAAUGAACCGGUUUUACGCUGCGGAGUACAAUCAGACUGAGGACCCGCUGAUGCACUACCAACACAUAAAGCGACAAGUUUCUCUGGGCCUACCGGAGGAAAACAAUGAAACACGGGAGAGGCUUGCCAAAGAUCGGUUCAUACAAAGCAUGCCGGCACGGAUGAGAGACAAACAGGCUUGCGGUGGCAUGCGGGGUGAAUGA